UUUUUUUUUUUUUCAGAUCGACCUUACCUCAAAAUGUCACCAAUCACUGCCCGGCUAUACUAGAUACUACCACAAUAAGUGACUUUGUAGUCCUGGAAUCCCAAAAAUAUGGCUGUGCUCUACAUUAGGGCUGCGUAUACGGAAGAGGAGAAGCUGCAAGAAUUCUUGCUCAAGUUGUUUGGGCGGGGAAACUACGAAAUAGAAUGGGCACGAGGACGAUGGCAGUGUACAGUCCCUCGAGAGCUGCGUUCGGUAUGCAACUGCUGGCUUUAGCUGUGUCUAAUAAGAUGUAAAAGAGGGUCUAUCUAGGCUAGGCUAACAUGGUUUAGCAUGAGAUUGCUCAGAUGAAGGCGUCGGCUAACCUGACGCAUUACCAACAAUUUUAAUAGCCACGACCGCCUCUUUAAACUAUGGAGAUAUGUCUGAGGGCGGAGUUAUGCGAAGUGUACACAGUUACUUAAUUCCAUUCUCUCUAUAGCGGCAAUACAUAUGUCUUGGUGCAACAAGUAUCGCAUAUGUGGGUUUACUGUAAAAACCCAUUGAAUUAGUAGAUCUACCUAGUCAUGCUAUUGUCCAUUGCGGAACGGUGAAGUUCACAUUGGGAGACUGUACCUAUGGCUGGGGCGCGAACCACCAGUACUAGAACCGGAUCGGACCAUCAGGCUAGCCACGCCAUAUUGGCCCCCACGAUAACUAAGCCCCCUCCAUCCUGUGCUAA